AUGACCGACCCCCUGAGUCUGACUGCCAGUAUUGCUGGUGUCGUUAUACCUGCUCUACACGGUAUGAGAUUACUUCUCCGGGAUUUGCAGGAUAUAAAGGACGCCCCGGAGAAUUUGGAGGAUCUCAAGAAUGAUCUUUUUUUGGUCGACGGAGCUCUUUCGUCUCUUCAGGAUAUCGAGCCCGAAGACCUGGAGGCUCUUGGUUCAAAUGUGGAAGACAACAUUAGAUCGACGGUUAAAGUCUGCUCCACAGCCUGUGACGAAUUUCGAUCAGACCUCCAGCGAUGGACCCGACAUUCUCAAGACACAAAGCUUUCAUGGAGAGAUAGAUCGACUAUUGGAUUUUGGAAACAAGACCAUAUCAAAUCCAUACAGGGCAAACUCCAUAACUGCCAGGUUAAUAUAACCUCGGUUGUUAGUACAGCGACACUAUACAGCUCAUUCCAUCAUACUCAGAUGACGCAAGAAAUUCGAAGAGCACUAUCUUCAAAGGAAGAUGAGCUGAGAGCCGCAAAUCGAAAUGCAGUUCAGCAGCAAAGACAAGUGGAGCUCCAGCUGGAAGAUCUGAGUAUACAAGACCCCGAGCCUAAGGAGACAGCCAAAAAUCUCCAGGAAGAGCAAAGAUACCUAGAAGCAUCACAAAAGCUCUUGGGGGAACUUUUGGCCAAAAUUCAAGAAGCAGCAAAGUCACAGGCUACACCCGUAGUCAAUGUCACUUUCGGCAGUCAAAACUCAGGCCUUCAAAUUGCCACAAACAAUGCUCCCAUGAGUGGAUUCGUCUUCGGGGAAGAGGUUAAUGAGUUCAAACCUGAAGUUCUCAACAUACUAGUAUGGCAUAUAUCACUCAGCACGAUGUACUAG